AUGGCACCGUCUCCAAUUCUCAUCUCUACUGCUCCUAGAGCAUUUGGCAUGAAAUCUACAACUUUUGGUAAUAAGAUGCCCACUACUUUUAAUACUAAUCGUCGCUCCUCCCCCACUAAACGUCCUCUCGCAAUUUUCAGCGACGAGAAUGUCGACCCCACACACCCCAAGCGUGUUAAGUCCACCCUUACCUCAUGUGAGGAUAAGGAAAAUAUUCUAUUCGACAAGAAGUCUCCCUCAGUCAAAAACGCAAAGCCUUCACGUUUCGUCUUAACCGAUCGUACUCCUCAACUUCCUCAACAAAAGGUCCGUACUAGUACUGUAACAAGUCGGGUCGAGAAAAGCAAACCUCGCGUGGGAUCUUCGCUUAAGAAUGUCAUUCUUAACGCGUCCCCACCGCGUCGUCGCACUACGACUCCUCCUAGGAAAGCACGUAAUCGUCGCGCUGCAUUUGCAGUUAGAGUAGACCCUCCUGUUUUAGACAAGGAAUCUGCGCCAAACACAAGUAUCGAUUCUGUGAUCAGCAGCGGCAGUGAAAUUGAUUCCUUAUCGUUACCUAACAAUGCAAUUAUACCACGAGAUGCUAUUCCAGAUUCAUGGCAGUUCACAAUAUAUGAAGAUUCGGCCGAGGAAACGCUUCAAAACCUGAUGGAACACUCUGCAACCACUCUUGAUCUUUCGGAUGAUGAGACAAGUAGAACUGAAUUGACAGACAUUGGGAAGGAGAAUAUCCCGCCCACUGACGAAGAAGAGAGACGUUAUGAGGAAAAUCGCCACGAGGAGACACCCACUAUAUCGCCAAUGAGUAUCGACCUCCCAACUAGGCGUACCACAUAUCGCCGCACUAAACGACAGGCGUUGCGUGAAAUGGCCCCUGCAGAGUUGGUAGAUGAGGAGAGCGAAAAGCCAGGAAAGGCCCCAAAUUUGGAGAAGGAAGGGUCCGUUUCUGUUGUUACUCCCGAAAAACCAGUUCUCGCCCCGAAGUUGAAAGGGGCAUCAAAAUUCGCUGUAUGGAAGGAUCCAUCCCUCACGUCUGUCAGCAAUGCUGCACUUAAAGCCUCGAGCAGAAUGAAGCCUAGGAUUGAUGCUGGGAAGAAGAGAGGCUUAUCAGAGAUCUAA